CAACUCGAAUGUCUUUAAGUGACUAGUAAAAAAAGCAGUCCAUUUUAAGUGUAGCAAAAAAUAUGGCAUCCCAGCUGAAGUUUGCAUUUCCUUUUGUUACUUUCUUCCUUGUGUAUUUGGUGGGGUGGGCAAAUGCAGCCGGAGAAUGUGGUCGCACGCCAAUAAAUGCUGCGGCGACUAGCCUGAGCCCGUGCCUUGGUGCAGCUUCCAAUGUUAGGGCAAGAGUGACUCCGGCAUGUUGCACCAAAGUUAAUGCAUUGAUAAAGAGUGCUCCGAGGUGCCUUUGCGCCGUCCUCCUAUCGCCUCUUGCAAAAAAGGCUGGUAUCAAACCAGCAAUAGCCAUCACUAUUCCGAAGAGAUGCAACAUCAAAAAUCGACCUGCUGGAAAGAAAUGUGGUCGUUAUACCGUCCCAUGAAUUUGAUGCUCGAAUGGACUUGGGAUACGAUACAUAAUAACGGUUUUCUAUGUAGG